AUGGACAAGUCAAGGACAUCCUCGGCACCGGCACAGGCUCUUCUCCCAACUCCAAGCCGACAAGAUGAGUUUGAUACAAGAUCGCAUUCGUCGCAAGACGAAACAUACCAACAGUCUCCGCCAGAAACAAGUUCACGCGACCUCAAAGCUGCCCAAGACCAUCGUACCGAGAAAUUGGCGCAAGUUGCGAAGAAGGAGGAGGAGGAGGAGGAGACCGAUUCAAACCUCGUCACUUGGGGCAGCCCUGACUCGCAAGAGAAUCCACGUAACUGGUCAAAACGCCAUCGAUGGGCGGUGACGGUACUCGUAUCUAGCUACACCUUGCUCAGUCCACUAGCGUCAUCCAUGAUUGCUCCAGCACUUGCUCUGAUCAGUCAAGAGUUCGGUGUCAGGUCGAGCGUCGAGCAGAGCAUGAUGCUGUCCACAUUUGUGCUUGCUUUUGCUUUUGGUCCGAUGGUACUUGCUCCGCUUACCGAGAUGUUUGGACGCAGAAUCGUGCUGCAGACGUCCAACGUCAUGUUUAUUGCUUUCAAUUUGGGCUGCGGAGCGAGCCAAAGUUCAGCACAGCUUACGGUGCUUCGCUUCUUUGCUGGACUCGGCGGAUCGGCGCCAUUAGCUGUCGGCGGUGGUACGAUCGCGGACCUGUUCGAGCCAGAAGAACGUGGAAGUGCAAUGGGACUCUAUAGCUUGGCGCCGUUACUUGGACCAGCGAUCGGCCCGAUUGUUGGCGGCUGGAUCGUUCAAGAACUCAAGCAAUGGAGGUGGAUCUUCUGGAUCUCUUCCAUGUACGGCGGUCUGACGGCCUUGAUUGGUGUCUUGCUGCUUCCAGAGACUUACCCACCCGAGAUCCUCAAACGCAAGGCACGCAAGCUCAGAAAAGAGACGGGCAACCAAGAACUUUGCACGGCAUACGAGAAGCAGGAUGCUUCUGCAUGGUAUGAAAAGUUACGCCACAACAUGGUGCGACCUUUCGUACUGCUGGCAACACAGCCGAUCAUUCAGGUCUUGGCCAUCUACAUGGCCAUCUUGUAUGGAUGCAUGUACAUUCUGCUCACCGUAUUCGCCGAGACGUUUGGGAAGAUGUACAAGGAAAGACCGGCAAUCGCAUCACUCAACUACAUCUCCUUGGCGAUCGGCUUCACACUAGGUGGGCAGAUCGGAGGAAGGGUUGUCGACUACUCAUAUCGCACCUUGACCGCUCGUAGACCAGACAAGAAAGGAGAACCGGAGUUCAAGUUGCCAUUACUGAUGGCGACCUCGGUGGUCUUCCCGGCUGGUCUGCUGAUCUACGGCUGGACAGCAGAAUACAAGACACACUGGAUCGGCCCGAACAUCGGAGCAGCACUGUUCGCAACAGGUGCGAUGGGGACUUUCUUGGUCUGUCAGAGUUACCUGGUCGAUGUACUGCCGCUGUACGCAGCUUCAGUGCUGGCGGCGGCAGUGUUUGUGCGGAGUUUGGGUGGAUUUGCGUUCCCCUUGUUCGCGCCCUCCAUGUACAGGGCAUUGGGACAGGGAUGGGGCAACACGGUGCUGGCAUUGGUGUCGGCACUGAUCGGCAUCCCCUCGCCAUAUGUGCUGUAUAAGUUUGGAUACUAUCUGCGAGCCAAGAGUAGAUACGCAGCGGGUGAUCGCAACGCGGCUAGCAUCAAGUGA